AUGGGCAUCUGUCUAGACAUAGGGCAGGAGCAGCACUCAGGAGCUCAGUACAGCUUGUGUGCAAAAGAGUUUUCCCCAAUCAAAGAAGUUGUUUCUAGGAAGUCUUCUCCCUAAUUGGAGUCUUUUAGCAUGGUAACCUGCUUCUUCAAGAUCCUUGCUGGAGAAAGCAUUCCUGAAUUUGUGGAGAAACCUUGUCUACUGACAGCAUCAAGGGUGAUUUUCCACAGGUCAUUUUUGUUAGUGAUUAAAUACAGUGAUUUAAACACAAAUAAAAAAAGGAAUUCACUAAUACAUUUGCCAUAUCCACUCACCACUGCCCCAGCCUAUGUGGAGCUUUUGCUUUUUGCUUUCUCUGUGGUUUUUUUUUUCCAUUACAAUCUGAAUGCUUUUACUGUGAUGAUACAGGUUAACUACAAGUGUGUAGUGUCCAAUACCCACACUGAUGCCAUCUAUACAGUAUCCUUGAUCAUAACUAAAGGUAGUGGGCCUGUAACUUCUGACAGACUGAAACUACUGAAAGUGACUGAAAGACAGACAGCAGCAUUUGGAAUGCACCUGCAAAAGAAAGUGCAAAACUUCAGUUGGAAGUUCAGUGGGAAAGAGUUGAAGUGGGAUGAUGACUAUGAAAUUAUCCCAUCUGGCAAUGGGUUGGCCCACACUGUGAAAACUAAGGGCGUUCAGUCCAGUGACUUUAAAGAACUUGUUCAGACUGGAGAUCCAGCGCAGAAUACUCUGCUCUUUGUUGAUCAUAAUCCCAAGCCUGGAAUCUCUCCUGCACAGGAGCCCAUGUUGUAUCCUGCAAAGACAAAGCCAACUGUUUCGAUUUGUAAGGUGCUUGCUGGUACGCACCAUUUUUUCUUGCCAACCUCUUCCCCUUUCCCAGGCAUUCUAAUUCAAUUUGUCAGCAAUCUCAGGAACACCCAAGUCAAAAAGAAGGGAAAAGCCUGCCUGGAGUGCGUGCUGACUUCUGAAGGUGUCAUGCUGAAGGGGGUGAAGAAUGGAUGAAUGAUUGAGACAUGUCCUAAGCACACCAUGAAGCAUGAAGGGAAGAGAGCUGAGCUCAUCAUCAUUAAUGCUGCUGAGCUGAGUGACUCAGGAGAUUGCGCAGCCAUUAUAGCUACACAAGAUGGUGACCCUAAUGAGCAGUAUGGCAGUGUGGCAUUGAUGAUUAUUCUGCACAGUUUUUCUGUUCAUGUGCUUCCACUGGUUUUUCUUCCAGAGACAUUUGCAACCAUGUAUGUGUGUGACUUCCAUGCUCUAACUGGGCAUUCUGCUGAGCUCUGUGUUGUCCUGAAUGGCAAAGUGGAAGGAAUAUGUGUGGGUUGUCCCCUGCCUCAAUCCUCUUGUCAGAUUACGGAUAUGAAAGGAAUCUGGAUAGUGAAGCAGGGAGCCACAAACCCACUGACAGAACGGGAGAGGAGUGUGAAGGGAGAUUCUCCUGUUACUCAAAAGCCUGUCCCUGAGCUUUUUGCUGCACGCAGCAUUACUGUGAAAACUACGCAUACAGCAAGCAUCAAGGUGCCUUUCAAGGCAAAGCCAAUGCCCAAAGUCACAUGGUUCAAAGAUGGCAUUGCGGUGGCAGAAGCAGUGAUGGAGAAGGCCAGUGACUCGGCUCACACUGGAGACAAACCAAAAUCCCCACAGGGGAAAGUAGAGUUCCUGCAAACGUGGGGAAAAUGUAAAGUGAGAUGGAAAGCACCCAAAGGUAAUGGAAAACAGGUGACUCUGUCAGGCAUAGAGAGGAGGAUGGCUGGAAAAAAAUUGUGGAUCCAAGUAGGGGCGGAGAGCAACUACACCACAUUUGCUGUGGCAAAAGUGGAGGAAGGGAAAGAAUUCAGAAUGCAUGCCAUCAGCAGGGACCUCAUCAAGCCCCUGGAAACAGAGGAAGUGUUUGCUGGAGAACCUAUUAAACAUCUGAGACGGGUGUCUCAGCCUCAGGUUGUAGAUGUCAGGAAAGAAGCUGUCACCAUCACCUGGAACUUCCCAGCCUGGGACAGAGGUUCCCCAGUGCAGGGUUACAUCAUAGAAAAAAAGAAAGGCACCAAUCUUUAUAUCCCAAUCACCAAGGAGCCAGUCCAAGGUCAGACCAAGAUUAUUAUCUUGUUUAUGCUAGAUUGUGCAAGGCUUGGCCACUCUGUUGAGUUCAUUACAUCAUGGGAAAUCCCACUGAAAUCAGUGGAGCAAGACAUGAAGAUAUUUUUUUCCCCAGCAUCUGAAAUUUCUUCUUGGUUAAUCUCAGUCAAAAAGCAAUUAAAAAAACCCAACAUUCUGACCACUUGGGAACACUAUUAUGAGUUGUGUAAUUGCAACAUUGUGUCUCUAGGUACCAGAUUCAAAUGGAUGGUUUUCGGGAGGAUGCACAGUGAGUUCCAUGUAAUAGCUGUGAACCACACAGGCCUUGGACUUUUCAGCAUGCCCUCAACCCUCGUUGCAAAGGAUCCCAUCAAGCCUCCAGGACUGCUGAAGGUGGUGGAUUUUUCCAACUCCAGCAUUUCCUUAGCCUGGCAGGAGCCAGACCAGGGGGAUAUGCUGUUAGGAUACGUACUAGAGGUGUGAGCUGAGGACACCAAGAAAUGGACAAAAUGCACCAAGAUCCCUCUUUCUAGUACCACUUACACUGUGGGAGGUUUGCAGGACAAGUAUGACUUCUGAACCUGAGCUGUGAAUGAAGUUAGUAUGGGAGAAGCAUGUACAGGUGGCUCCUGUACACAUAGAUGUCCCUUUUAUGCUCAAAGACAUGGUUUCUGUUACCACCCGAGUCAGGAAACAGAGCAUUAUAGCUACACAUUUGUCUUGGCCUCCCCACCACCACCAGUGAUGUGGCAAAAUAAGGCUUAUCAACAAGAGGGAGGAGGACAAGAACCAUUCCCAGUCCUUACCAAGCGAUCAGUUUCUGACCUGUACCAGAUUAUCCUCAAGGAGAGUUAUAAAGAAGCCCUUUAUGAUGUUCAAAUGCACAUUGCAGGUACUGCAUUCAUAGAUUUCCCCUCACCGCACACCUACCUGCAGCUGGUUGGAGAAUUCCCAAACACUGUGACCCUAAAUCACAGCUCAGAUGUAGAAGAUGAUUGUGGUGUCCUGAAAUGUGAUGUCAGUACCGCCACAUGGUUCAGCCACAGAGAAGGUCUACAGCAAUAAGUCACAGGCCUGCUCCCAGGGAGGAAACACUUCUGAGUCAUUGUGCGCAGUGACACUGGGGACACUGACCCUCUAGAUUCACAGGAGCAGUGGUGCAUCUCCAAAGACAGAUGCAAGCGCGAGUACAGCAGAGUAGUCAUACCCAAGCUCUUUGGAUUUGUACUGGUGCAGGAGAUCGUCUUGAUGGUGCUGGCUCUGUGCUUGCAUGUUGGCGUGUGCAACAGACAGUGCAGUGCGAAGCAGCCCACAGUGACUCUUCCCUCAGCAGAGUGUUUUGACUUCAAUAUGGAGCCCCCGAGGAAGGACUGUUCUUCCCAUUCCAUCGCCCCUGUGAAGAACCACAGCACAGGUCAUGGCAACAACCACGCCAUGAGCUGUACUUUCAUCAGCAACCACCCAACAGUGACCCUGUACAGGGGCAAUAUUAGCCUCACAUCCAAGUCUAAGUUGUGGUUCGACUCAACAAAUAGCAUCUGUCUGCUUAUGGUCCCUACAACUUGGACCUACAGGUUGAUGAUCUGUGGUAAAUCAGAUUUGCAGCCACUGCAAUUUGUUGGGGGUGAUUCCUUCCAGGUUGAGGAAAAGGAUGAUAAAGGUCUCCUGGACAUACCGACAGAAAAUUUCCAGAAGUCAAAACACAAGAUGUAAUUAGUGGAACUAUCUCUGCCAGGUCUAACAUGCAAAACAGCAUUGCUGUGGCGGUAUUGUUUGUCUGUGUGUGUGUGUGAGAGAGAGAGACUCAAAAUACAACUGCCCUUGCCUUCUGUAGUGGCUGGUGAAACCAGCUGGUAGAGUGGGGCUUCUGCUCAGCAGGGACGCUUCUGAUGUUUCCUUCCUCUAAGUGGUUUCAGGCAGCAGGGUGCAUGUUGAAGGUGAUAUUUCUAAUACCAUCUGUUAAUGUAUCUCAGUGGUAAUAAAAGGGGCUGGAGAUUGCAGUUCUCUCUUCCGUGUAUCAAUUUGCUUCUGCACUGGUCAAUAAGAAUCCUGUUUCUGAGUUCCAAGAGGAAAUUCAUUUUCUGUCUCCAUAUCCCCAGAUAGCCUGGCAGGACCUCCAUAACGAUCUAGGCUUCAUUAUGUCAGACUGUAUAUAAACAUAGGGCAAGCCAUAAAUCUGAAGUAAUUAAAUCCUUGCAAUACCAAGACAGUAAAUACAGUCUGCAGCUUUGCAAAUGAGGGAGUCACUUUGUAAAAAAGCUGGCCGUAGGUCAAACGAGAUCCAGAAGGGUCCAGUAACUUCACUGCUGGUGGCCAAGACCAGAUAAGGAAUUGCAGAAUAUCUGAACCACUGAAGGAUCAACAGAUUGACAGAUAGAUAAAUACAUACAGAUAGACAGACACACACACAUGUGGUGUUAGUUCUUUUAAUUUAGAGUGAAUUCUUUCAGGAGCCAGUUGAGGAAUAAAAGCAUAGCAGUGGCCAGCCACAGACACACACCCAGUCUGAGAAUAUUUUGCCACCUUUGUUCCAUCUGGAGCUAGGAAGGAGGUGUGAGGAAACGGGAUGCUCCUCCCAGCAGGCCUCUAAGCUUUUGAAAGGAAUUGUAAAAGACCAAAUUAAAGAAAGAGGAAAGAAGCACCCACUUUUGCCUGCUAUUAACACCUUUAGGCCGCUUUGAAAAGAACGUGGUGAUACUUCUGCCUGCUACUGAUUCAUUCCCACAUCAGAAACCACGCCACUUCAGAAGGGGAGUGUGAAGAAGUCUCUGUUAAGCCUGUGAGCAGAUCCAUUUAAUGGACGGGGAGCAGUUACACUGUUUCUAUGCUAUAAAUCCUUCAAACCUCUCACUGGUGACAGAUGGCCUGGUUCAGGAUUAAUGAAACCGAGUAUCUGUUCCACUGCAUCAAACAGCUGAAGAAACUGGCAUUGGAUCCCGAACCAGAGAAAAAUGUCCACACUACCCUACUUUUUCCUCCUGGAAGUUUUGCUGGGGUGGGGGGAAGAGAGACGUGGCCAUUUGUCUGGGAUUUCUGGGCAGCAAACGGCCUUCCCAGAGCAAUCCUUUGCAGCAAGCUGCCUCCUCCCAGGAACUCUGGACAAACGGCCAUUGUAUGUGGGACUGGCUGUAGCAGCAAGGGGUGAGCGUGCUUCAGGGCUCUGCAUCCCAGGGCACCCAUGAUGGAUUGUGACACGAGCCAGGUGCCAUCGUCACAGUGCUGCCUGGCUGGUUUGUGUCCGAUGUGCUCUGUGGGGUGCAUGUGGCUGUGUUUCAGGGUUCCCCAGACAGGAACACUGUAGCCGACUGGGGGUGUCAGCUUCAGUGGGGCAUUGCAUAGCU